AUUUUUUGUUUUUUUUUUGUUUUUCUUUUCCGAAAGGUCCAAAAUUCAAUAUUCAAUUAUUUAAAUAUAUUGCAUAAGAUCUUAGUGGAAAUGGAAGCAACAAUUUUGACGAUCCAGUCAUAUUAUGAAUAUAUCACUACUUUUAAAGGUAAGUUUUAAAGAAGAUAUUUCCCCCAAAAACUCAAUGAAUGAUAAUAAUGAUAUAAUCCAAAAUAAAUAAUUUUCACACUAAGCCUAAAUACAAGAAAUCAUCGUUACAUUUUAUUUCGCAAAUCACUUUGAAAGAAUUAAGCAAAAACCCAUAAAAUUCCUCAAAAUCGAAAGCUAAAUUUUAACUAGUGUUUUUAUUAUCACCGAAAUUGAAUGAUAAAUUUAUGAUAAUAGGAAAUCAUCUCAAAAAUCUUUCAUUUAUUAACAUUGAAAGAACCUUGAAAUCAAAUGUAAAAACGUAUAAUUCUCUGUCAAAGCUGUGCUAUGCCACAUUCCAAAUUUUGUGGCUAAUUUUAUAUUUAUCUCACUGGCCAAUCACGGAAGCCAAUGAUCAUGUGAUUGAUCCUCAUGUGACUAAUUUAGAACACGUGCAUUCUGAAAUAAGUCUCGCGAUUGGUUGGUUAGACAGUUUUAGUGGGACUAAAGGGAUUAAGCCAAUUCUGACUAAUCAUUUUCUAGUGGUGCUCAAACAAAGCUGCUCCGACCCGAAUUCAAUUGCUCGCAAUUAUUCUAUGACAAAUCUGGGACAGAUAAGUGGUCAUCCUCACCAUUACAAUUUCAAAUCGUUAUCAAUCACCAAGACACCCAAGGAGAUUGUAUCUUUAUCAACUAACAAAGGCAAGCGUAGAUCUAGGAGGCAAAGUAAACUCCAAAUCGAUGAUUUACACAGGUGGCAAAAUCUAAAAUAUGAUCCACAGGUUCAUUACGUUGUACGACAGCCUGGAUUUAUAAGAACUAAGAGAGGUUAUAAAGCUCUUGAAUUGAAAUUGCCUCAGCCCAACUCCAUCAAGGAGCCUAAUGACCCACUAUUUGGAGAUCAAUGGUAUUUGAAAAACACGGGACAAAAUGGGGGUAAAAAGUAUUUGGAUUUAAACGUAGAAGCUGCUUGGGCUAUGGGCGUGACUGGAAAAAAUGUGACUACAGCCAUUAUGGAUGAUGGGAUCGAUUACACUCAUCCAGAUCUCAGGGAAAAUUUUAACGCGAAAGCCAGUUACGACUUUAGCAGUAACGACCCUUAUCCGUAUCCAAGAUACACUGAUGAUUGGUUUAAUAGCCAUGGCACAAGAUGCGCCGGUGAGGUAUCUGCCAAAAGAGAUAAUGGAAUUUGCGGGGUCGGUAUCGCUUAUGAUUCCAAAGUUGCUGGUAUAAGAAUGUUGGAUCAACCUUAUAUGACGGAUCUGAUAGAAGCUAAUUCUAUGGGGCACGAACCUAAUUUGAUAGACAUAUACAGCGCUUCUUGGGGACCUACAGAUGAUGGCAAGACAGUAGAUGGGCCUAGAAAUUUAACCAUGAGAGCUAUAGUCAAAGGAGUUAAUGAGGGAAGAAAUGGUUUAGGCAAUAUAUACGUAUGGGCUUCAGGAGACGGUGGCAAAAAUGAUGAUUGCAAUUGUGAUGGAUACGCUGCAAGUAUGUGGACAAUUUCCAUAAACAGCGCUAUAAAUACAGGAGAGAAUGCCAGAUACGACGAAUCUUGUUCUUCUACUCUCGCUUCCACUUUCAGCAACGGGGGAAAAAAUCCUAAUUCAGGAGUGGCGACGACUGAUUUGUAUGCGAAAUGCACCAAGACUCAUUCUGGAACAUCCGCCGCAGCUCCUGAAGCAGCCGGUGUUUUUGCUUUAGCCCUAGAAGCAAACCCGUUCCUAACUUGGAGAGAUAUUCAACAUUUGACGGUCUUCACUUCGAAACGCAAUUCUUUGUACGACAGUCAAGGGGAAUUCCCCUGGACAAGAAAUGGAGUGGGACUAGAAUUCAAUCAUUUAUUUGGCUACGGCAUAUUGGACGCUGGGGCUAUGGUAGCAUUAGCUAAAACAUGGAAACCAGUUCCACUCAGAUUCCAUUGUGAGGCUGGGGUAUUCAAAGACAUUCGUCAAAUCCCAUCUCAUGGCUCUUUGACAUUACAUAUAGACACUGAUAGUUGCAGGGGCAAACAAAAUGAAGUUAAUUUCUUGGAACACGUUCAGUGCGUUAUAACUUUAAACAGUACCAGAAGAGGAGACGUCACCAUAUAUCUCAUAUCGCCCAGUGGAACUAGAUCCAUGCUUCUGAGCAGAAGACCUUUCGACGAUGAUUUUAAGGAUGGAUUCUAUAAAUGGCCUUUCAUGACGACCCACACGUGGGGAGAAAAUCCUAAAGGAAGAUGGACAAUGGAAGUCAAAUUUAAAGGUGACGAAAUUCAAUCUGGUCACUUGAAGCAAUGGACACUACUAUUGCACGGCACUAAAAGUUCCCCUUACGAACAUCAAAUAAUAUCGGACCCAAAGUCUAAAUUGGCUAUAGCCAAGAAAGCUCAUGACCUUCAACUUUAAAUAU